UUCUCUGCCUGAAUGAGGAAGUCCGGAGGUGUGGGCGCGACACCGUAUAUAAUCGCGCGCCUGCUCUUCCUCCUGCUUCACUCCCCGGUCCCUGCGAGCCGCUCAGUCUAUAGGUGUUUAUAGUCCAAUCAGUGCUGUAGAACCAUGGCGUGGGAUGGCUAUAUAACCAACCUGAUGGCGGGAACACCUCCCUUUGUGCAAGAGGCAGCAAUCUGUGGUUCUGAAGUGGGGAAGGAGUCGGUCUGGGCCUCAACACCUGGAGGUCAACUGGCUAAUGUGACGGUUGCAGAGAUCAAGGCGAUGAUGUCAUUGGAUCGUUCUCCUCUCUUCGCCAGUGGUCUUCAUCUCGGUGGGAACAAGUGUACUGUCCUGAGAGAUAAUCUCCACAACGACGAGGAUAACACUUUAGAUGUGAAGAUGAGGCCCACUGCUACUGAUCCCCUCUCCUACAGCAUCACCAUCGCCAAGACUGGAAAGACUCUGAUCAUUGUUAAAGGGAUGAAGGACAUUCCUGGAGGAAAGAUCAACAUAAAGGCCUCUGACAUGAAGCAAUACCUGAAGACGAAUGGCUACUAACGCUUGACCCCUGACCCCGACACUCCCCUUAGAUGCUGGUCUUGGUUCAGUUUAGCAUUCCCCCACUAAUGGUUAAGGUUAGGAUUUGGGGGGAAGCUCAUCUGUGCCUAGUGGAAAUGUCAUCCCAGCAGCCUCAGUGCCUUGUUGUUUUUUGAUGAUGAUGAUGAUGAUGAUGAUGAUAUGCAAAUGAUCAAACAUGUGAAAUUAUCAUAGUGGCAAAUAAACAGAUUUAUUGUAAGAAAAUA